UAUUUUUUUUACCUUUUGUUUACUUUUUGUCAUAUUUUAAUUUAGUAUUGAUUUGAUUCUUUUUAUUGUUGCAUCUGAUAAUUUGUUUAUCACAAAAAAUGUUCAUCUUUUUGUGUUUCCAGUGUAAAUUUUUUAAACUAAAAUUAUGUGAAUCCGUUUGUUACUAGUCCUGGAGGGGCAAAGAAGAGCACCACCUGGCCCUACCUUGGCUACAGGCUUGGUACUAACUUUAAAAUGAAAUGAUUUCAAAUGCCAUUUUGAGAAGUAUUUCACAUCUGUAAUGCUGCAAUAGCUAGCUAUGCAUCAACACAGACGUCGAAAAAAAAGGCCUAGUUAUGGUGUGAGAACUGUAGAAAUAUCUAGGGGGAAAAAUGGAUUUGGUUUCACUAUAUCAGGGCAAGCUCCUUGUAUACUUAGCUGUAUUAUUACUGGAAGUCCUGCUGAAAAAGCAGGUUUAAGACCUGGUGAUUUUUUAAUAGCUGUUAAUGGUCAAAAUGUAUCUAAAGCUCCACACGAUGAUGUAGUGAGAUUGAUUGGAAGUUCUAGUGAUAUACUAAAGCUGCAGAUUGCUGAAAAUUAUUAUUCAGAUUCAUCCGAAGAAGAAUUUGUAUCAAUUGUUAAGCCAAGACCAAAAUAUCCAAAUAAAAUUCGUAAUAGGCAGAAUAAUAGUGUUUCACGAGCUGAAAAAGUUGUUCAAGAUUUGCAAACUGGAGCUCUAUUUGUAGAUCAUAUUCAAGGAAAUGUAAACGUUGUUCCUAAGCCUAAAUCCCAAACUACAAAUCACUCUGGACCUAGUAAAUCAAAUAAAGUAUUAUUAGAUUUGAUCUUACAACAAAGGCUUCAGGAAGCUAAUAGACACUCUCCUCAAAGCUUCGUUUCUAAACCUUUAAAUGUUGCAUCAGCAUCUGAAAAAUCGAAACAAAAAUGUUUAAAAAAGAAAGAAAGUAAAGUAUUAAAGUCUCGUAGUGAUCCUGAGCAUUUAAACACUUCAUCAAGUUCUACAAGUGAAGUAUUUCAUUCUAUUUUUACUGAACAAGAUUUAAAUAAUAUUCUUUAUCCAGCAAUCUAUGCAUCCCAAAAUGAACAGAAAGAUACACAAGAUCAAGCUAUUUUAAAUGCUGUUGUUGGUUAUUUAGGUACAAUUGAAAUGCCAAAAGAACCUCAGUUCCCUAAUUCUAGACUACAAACUAUACGCAAUUGUAUAAGAAGACUUCGAAUCGAAAAAAAAGUCCAUACGUUGGUCCUGAUGUCAGUUUUCGCCGAUUGUAUUAUUCUAAUAAAUCCUCAAGGUAUUACUUUAGCAGAGUUUUCUGCUGAUAAAAUAACUUUCAGUGGUGUAUAUAGUGAUGAUAAAAAAUUCUUUGGUCUUGUUACAAGCCAUGGUGUUAAUAAUGAGGACUUUCAAGAUGAACUAAAUACAUUAAGUAGUUCCUGUCAUGUAUUUAUGGUAGAUCCAAAAUUAACUCCUCAUCAUCAACACAUAAAACGAGCCAAAGCUUUUCAUAUUACAUGCACUUCAGAUCCCAUAACUAAUAAAUGUAAAGAAUUUCCUGAAUCUGCUGAUAGUAUACUUCAAGCUGUAGUUGGAUUGUAUAGAAAUAAAUUAGAUAUUAAUAAUGAUAUUCUACAUGGGUUAGAGUUUCAUGUAAAUAUGUCUCCCCAGCCAAGCAACACUAGUAGCAAUAGCAGUAAUAGUGACAGUGGAAUUGGUUUCCGAGAUGAAGGAAAUGCAAGUGAUCGUGUCUGUGUUGUAGAUGUAGACAAUUAUCACCAAUACAGUACAAAUAGUCUUGAUCGACAGGCUUUUUCAAUACCUGGAUUUGGCUUGCUUGAGUCACCAUUAAGGUCUUUUUCAUUGUCUCAAGAUGGUCCUUUAUUAUCUCAAAAGUCAAUGAAUCCUUCACAAGCUCAUGAAAUGAGAGUGAAUAAUAAUAAAUCACCUAGUUGCCAAUUUGAUCGUCUUACAGUUAGAGCUAUGCCAGAUCCUGUGGGGUUUGAGCGCAAUUGCAAUAGUUUUAGUACCGAUAAUUUAGAACAAAAUAAGUUGUCAAUGACACAAAAUAGUUUACAAAACCUGAUGCAGUAUAAUCAAGAUUCUGCUAUCUGUUCUAAAAGUAACAAAAAUGCUGCUAGAAUCAGAUUUUGUAAUAUUGAUAGUUUAAAUAAAGAUUUAUAUGAUUCUACAAAAAAUUCAGUAUUGAUUGAAUCUAGUCCAAAUAAAUUGAGUCCUAAAGUUUAUGGGUUCAAUUAUUCUUUGAAAUCUGGUGAUGAGAUGGGGUUUUGCAAUACAUCUGCAGAUUCUGUAGGCUGGGAAUGUACUUCUUGUAGCACUGAAGAAUUGCAAGUUCAAUCCAGGCAUUUAAUGUUUCAUGAAGCUCAAGAUACCACAGAGCAAGAAGAAGAUGGUAGUCAAGAUGUUCAUCCUCCUACUCAAGAAGAAGAUUCUGAAUCAGAAAUUCUUGCGAUUGAACAUAAUGAAUCCAGUAGAAAAUGGGGAAGGACAUCAUCUCUUCGAAGACAUUUAGGGCGCAAGCGAAAUCCUCAUAGAAGUACUCAUGAUGCUGGAACUGUUUCUGAUGGUGAAAUAGCUAGUGGUAAAGUUUCAACUUCAAGUAGUUUGCUGGCUUUAGAUCGCUUAAGUGAUACUUCCCAUCGUAGUAGUUGUGCUUCUGAGCGUCCUAUUGAUGUUGGUAGAGUUGGGAGUUGGGCAGCUGGAUUUAAUGUUCUACUUGUAGAUCCUGCAGGAUUGCACACUUUUAGUGAAUUUUUAAAAAAAGAAUUCAGUCAAGAAAAUAUAACUUUCUGGAUAGCUUGCGAAAGAUACCGUCAGCUAAAAGAUGACUCAUUGAUGUCCGAGAUGGCCAAAGAUAUAUACAACAAGCAUUUAUGUAUAGGUGCUCAAGAGCCUGUUAAUGUAGAUAGUCAUGCUAGGCAAGUUGCGCAAGAAAAUUUAAAUGCACCUACUCCUGAUUUAUUUUUACCAGCUCAAAAACAAAUUUUCAAUUUGAUGAAGUUUGAUUGUUACCAAAGAUUUUUGAAGUCUACUAUGUUUAAAGAAUGUAUGUUAAGGGAGAUGCAAGGACAACCUUUACUCUAUCAAGGGCAGUUUUGUGAUGUGUCUGUGUUCUCAAAUGAGAAACAAAAGUCAGGAUUAAAAAAGAGGAAGUCUUUGAUUCCGUGGCAUAAAUUAAGCAAAACCAAGUCAAAUGAAUCUAAAUCAAAUGGAAGCAGACUAUGGGAUAGACAUAGUGAAAUCAGAAAAUCUUUGAAAAAGAAGAAAAAAGAAAAGAAUUCCCAUAAAAUAGAUGAUACAAGUUCUACUCAAUCAGAUAUAACUGAUAGAUCCUCUGUGACUAGUAGUGAACCAGGAGUUGGCUUGAUGUAUAAAAAUGUAUCAUCUAGAGAGUCAUUGAAUUCUGCUGAACUGGCUCUGUUCCCAAGUCAUUGCACAACUGAUAGUCAUUACUGCAGAGUUAUCCUUCCUGAUUUAUCAACCACUGUAGUUAGAACACAAUCAGGUGAAACCGUAGGUGAAAUGCUUUUGAAGCUCUUAGAAAGGAGGAGUCUGACUUAUAAUGCUGUUGAGGCAUACAUUGUAGGCUCUCAUCAGCCAUUAGAUCACUGCACAGAUGUGACAUCAUUGAGUUGUAAGGAAAUAAGAGUGGAACAAGUCAUUUUAUUCUGUGUAGAAUUGCCCAAUAAGAAAACUAUAGGAGUAAAAGCAAAAAAUAACAAAAUAUGUGGUGAUAUUCUGAAACCAGUAUUAAAUAAGUAUGGAUAUAAAAUUGAUCAAGUCAAAAUGACAGUGGCUUCCUUACAGAAACCAGUAGUAAUUAGUGCACCUAUUACUAUAAUUGAUAAUCAAAGAAUAACUAUUGAGAUGAAAGAAACAUUUUCCAAUGUCUGUGAUCCAUUUGUUGUUAGCAAAGAGAAGUCAACUCAUCCCUUUCCUGACUUAGAAGAAUUAACGAACCAAAUUUUUGACGACUUGCUAAAAACAAGGCCAGAGUUUCAAUAUGAUGGCUUAGGGUCUAUUGACCAGGAAAAAUCAAAAGAAAAUGAUAAAAGCACUUACAAGUCUUCAAAUUUGUUUUCUCAUAUUCCCCAUCAAGAUAUUGAUUCUUCUCAAUGUUCCAGUAAAAUUGAAGCACUGAAGUUACCCAAUGAGAAUAAACCUCUCUUGCCUCACAACCCAUCGAGAAUAAAAAAUAUUAAAGAGGAAGAUUUGGCUGCAAAUUCUAAUUUAGAUGUAGUUUCAAUGGACCUUUCUCAUGGAAAAGAGAAUUGCCCAUUAUUAAACAAAAAGAGACCUUUUAAUGGUUCUGCUACUGUUUUUCCAAGAUCAGAUAACAAUCAAGAAACUCAAUUACUUGAAAACUGUUGGCCUUAUUACUCUCUUAAUAGUUUUGAUGAAGAAAAGUUUUUGCAAAAUUUAGGUAAACUGAGAAAUUGGCAAUGUACUCCACCUAAACUUCCUCCCCGCAUUCGAACUGAAUUAUUGAAUACAAGUUCUUCACCUAAUGGUAAUUUAGAUUCUACCUUAAUUGCAUCUGAUAGCUUUGAUUUAAAUUUAGAAGCUGAUGUAACACUGUUAGCAGAUGAGUUUCCAUCUGACAGUCUACAAAUAGAUGAACCUCUUGUUAAAUUGAAGGAAACCUCAUUCUGCCAACCACCAUUAAGAAGACUAUCUUAUGAACCACCUCCAGUUCCUCCAAAAGCAUCUGCUAGAGGGCCUCCACCACGUCCUCCUAGUCGCCAAUUAGUUCAUGGUAGUUUUGGUCUUACAUCAGAUGAUGAGGCAUCUGGCAAUGAUGAUAAUUUUAUUAAAGGUGAUAACUCUUUACAGAAGAAAAAUAGUUACCUUGAUUUAGACAGUGAAUUUAAUAUUAGUUUUGUAUGAUGCUUUAUGAAAUAUAAUAUGCAUCACACACAAUUUCUUUGGUGUCAUAUUAAGUUCUCUGUACCUUAGUAUUUUUUCAUUCUCAAAAAGCAAUUCUCUAAAGAUUGUAUGUUUGAUUGUGGUAUUUGAAUUCCUGGGAUCAUACAGUAAAAUUUUGCUGUUGCUGCAUUUAAAGGCAAGACAAAUAUUUUUGUUUAAUUCGCCUUAUCUUUUAUCAACCAAACCUCUUCUUGCUUUAAUUCAUAUUCAUAAUAUAUUAUAAAAUAUUUUCUCUUUUUAUUGGUCAAUGAAUUAAAUAUAAAAAUGAUUCAAUUAAAGAAUAUAAUUAAGUUAUAUCAUUCUAAGAUUUAAGUUUUUGUUUUAAUUUCUCAGACUAUUUUUUUAUGAACUGGACUAAAAGCUAUCUUAUGAUUUGAGAGCUUAAGAAAUAUUAAAAUCAAUAUAGAAAAAUUAUUUCUAAAAAUUUAGACAAAAAAGAAAUUUUUUUUUAAUGUUGGUAAAAUGUUUGAAUGAUAGGUGUGGGUAUCUGCUAGUGUUUAAAAAACUAUCUUAAUGGAUUUUAUUAACAACACAAGAAUACUAUUCAUGGCAGGACCAGUAAAAUAAAAUGAUAUGUACUGGAAAAUGAAAGAUCUGGGAAUGAUGGAUCAAAUACUACUGUGUAUUAAAAAGCAGACAUACUUGUAAUUUAAACAUGCCAAACCAUUCAAUUUAUGUUUUAUGAAAAUAUAUUCAACAAUUUUAAUAAUAUAUGAUUAUGAUGAAUUUAGUAAAAAACUUGAUUUAAAUUGCAUUUAAAACAAACAAGUUUCCAUAAUAAAUAAAUAAAAAAUUUGAAGUUUCGACUUGAAUUUUUGUUACUCUAUGCAUUUAUGAAAGUACAAAAUAUUAAAUUCAUGAACAUGACUUUUUAUUUUAUUUAGUAUAAUUGUUUUUAAUAAUGUUUCAUGAUGAAGAUGCCUUUGUGGAGUUUUUAUUUUGUAUAUUAUGAAAUUUAAUACGGUCAUAAUUUUGUAUAUAUUUACUAUUGGCGACAACAAAGAUUGAUAUUUUUAUAACUCUGUAUACAUAAUGGCUUCCUGUUUUGUAUAAAAUUAAUUUUUGAAAACUGUACAUAAAAUUUUAUAUUUUGUACAUUAACAUACAAAAUAAUAUAUAUUUUGUAUUAAAUAUUUUUAUUUUUCUCUAUUGUAUUUAUUUGUCAAACUAUUUAUUCAUUAUUUUCAAUAAAUAUAUUUUUUCAGCCACUACUUUUCUUGAUUAAAUUAGUGACAAAUCACACUUCUUAUUUAAUAUUCUAUUUUUGAUGCAAUUAAAUGAUUUCAUCAUA